AUGGAGGUUCAGGCACCAGAAAGUGCGCGCGAACAACCUGCGGAAACUCGCCCUUCGCAGCGAUUAGCUGUACUCUUUAAUAGCUUUGCAACUCGAGACAAACAGAAAGUUGUCAACGACCGGGUAAACGCUGCUGCUCUGCUCAGCGCUUUGGAAUCAGGGAACGAGUCGGCAGCAGCUGUUGUGCCCGCCAUAGUUGAGCAGUUAACCGGUGGAGCGAUACGAACUACGCCACUGGAACACGGCCAUGGUUGGCUCGUUAGACCAUCGAAACCCAUUCUGCCCCAAAGUGUGUACGUGCCUCUGCGAUCUUUUUCUUCCAAAUAUCGCUCGCGUAGUUCGGUAUCACCCAAUGGUCAACUGCCUGAAACAUUAAAAUUCUUUUUCAGCAUUGGAGUUGUCGUGUACUGUGAACGCUGUACCGUUCGCGUCACGGAACCUACGACUGGUGCACCCGUCAAACAUGAACCCGUGGAAUAUAUAGGCCUGGCUGCUUUCGAAGCCGCGACACCUGAUCGGCAUGAUUCGAUCCCGGACGAUGCGGGGCGCUCAGGCACCGAAGUGUGUCUUCAGAUUGCACGGCAUUGUGAGCGGCACGCGGCGAACGAGAUUCCAGUAGCUCCGAGGGAUGUCGUGCUUUUCGCUGGCACGUACGACAGCAGUAUCUGGAAGAGAGAAACGCAUGGGCCGAAGGAGCAUCUGUCCCGGCCUGUACGAAGAGUUCCAUGCAUAACUAACCCAAUUUUAUGCUUACUCGGGAGAGAUAUCGAUGCCGUAAUCUGCUCUGGACUAGACGGCGAGAACGAGCCCACGCGGUGCGCAGCGAGGCAUCUUUGCGAGCGCGUCUUUGAUAGACGUCUCUCGUCGCAAAGGUGGAGCGACACUCGUUGCCGCUACUGUACUCGUAGACUUUUUGAGAAAAGUUCCAGAACUCGCCGGCCAGAACUUAACGCUGGGAUCGUCCCCCGGGCAGGAUCUCAGCUUCGGCGCCUCGAGAGAUGCCACAUAAGAAAGAUCGCUCAGGAGCGCGAUAGAACGCUCUCGACAUCUCGCCGUUGA